AUGGAGCUGUGCUAUCGGUGGAGAAUUGCUUGCACUCUCUGGAGUUGUCUGGAAGUGGUCUGUUUUGCGGGCAUCAUCUAUGGAUGGGGAUCCCUAGUGUUCAUUCUGAAAGAGGAAGGGUUUUACUCCGAGAAUUGUAGAGACGCAUCGCCUAGCAGUAACGUAUCCUUGAUUCCAGGAUCUGUUUACAACGUAUCUGUGAUCGAUAUUCACAACCAAUCGAUUGAUCUCUCCAACAGGACUCUUGCCUGUGAUGAGCAGGAGGAGAAACUGAACCUGUGUUUCUCCAUUGCCGUGGGGGUGAUGUACUCGGGGCUGGCUAUUGUUGGACAGUUAUCGCUGAGAUUAGGCACAAGGAUUACACGAAUUAUUUUCACAUUUCUCUAUUCUGUUGGCUUCCUCUGCAUAGCGUUUGCGACCAAAGAAAACCCCUGGUUACUUUUGCCUGGACUCUCGUUUAUAUCUAUAGGUGGAGCCACUGUCUUCUGUACAACUCUACAGGUUGCCAACCUCUACACUACCAUUCAAACUACUAUAGUGGCGUCGCUUUCGGGACUUUUUGAUGUUUCUACCAUAAUGCAGCAUCUAAUCAAGGUUGCUUAUGAGCAUGGCAUUUCUCGAAAGCAUUCCUAUCUGUUUUUCUGUGGACUGGGUAUCGUUAUUUUCAACGUACAGACAUUUGUGUUUUUGCCAAAAGACCAUGUACGACGACAGCCCUGUGAUUCCCAGAAAUCGGCCAAGUCCCAGAGACCAACCAACGAGACGGACACCUCAAAGGCACUCCUGGAGAAAGAGAAAGAUGUAAGCGAUGAAAGCCGCAGGACUGUGGUUCAGAAUGCUGAUGAUAGGUUGAUCACCCACAUCCUGUCCUUUGGGUACAUCACGCACACUGUCUGGAUGUCUGUCAGUGUCCUGCUGUUUGUCUCAUUCAUCGGUCUGCUCAACACAUGGUUAUCCACGAUGUCAAAUGACUCUAAAAUUGUUAGUUACUACCUCGAUGUAUUUGCCUAUGCAACAAUGUCUACCUCAGUCACUGCUAUUAUCGCCGGAUUUGCGUACGACUGGCAGAGAAACCGAUUCAGAGGGAGUGCAAUUCCGGAGCGUUACUUCCGCCCUGUGUGUUUCCCAAUGGCGAUGUGUUGGCUGUUCGGCACCCUGUCUUAUUUAUUGCCCCUGGUGUUCGAUUCUCUCUAUGUUGUUCUUCCAGUCUUCAUUAUGUUCACAUUUUACCGCUCCUUUUUGUUCGCCAUUGGAAUUGCUUUUGUCACUGAAGCAUUUCCCGUGAAGUAUUUUGGUGUUCUGUACGGUACAAUUAUGUUCAGUGUUGGGGCGAGUAGUUUGCUACAGUAUGCCUUUUUCGCAUGGAGUAAAUCCUAUGAUUCGGCUUUUACACAUGUAAACAUUGCAUUGCUAACUAUCGCCAUUUUGACAUGCUACCAACCUAUUGUGUUGUGGAUCAGAGGAGGCAUUCCUAAAUCAACACCAGAUAAUGAUAUUAACAACAUGGAAUUAAUUAUAAACCCUCCAAAAAGUGAAACGUGUUAGACAUACGUUUACAGAGAAAGAUUGUUGAAUACGAACAGGGAUCAGAAGGGUACAUCAGACUACCACAGUGUUACGGUUGUAAACCAAUCAAACGUCUUUCAAAGUUUAUCCUGGAACCAAAUGCUUCCAGAGAUGUCCUUACAAAUAUAUGUUUAAGUUUAACUUGCUUUUAUUUGAUACUUGUAUAUAAAAAGUUUAUGAUGUUUUGAUUCAGGCACAUAUCACCGUUUUCCUUAAAGAGGGCGUAUCUACCCUAAAAUGUCCAUGAUAUUAUAGGGUAUGUUUAUAUUUUCUUUUUACUUUAUUUUGUAUAUACUUUUAUUCCCGUAAAUCAUUAUUUGAGGAAAAAAGAGGAAAAAUAGCUUGAAUAAGAGAGAGUGUUCGUUUAUUCUCUCUUUGAGUUUGAAUUUUUUGAUUUGGGGGGGGGGGGGGGGUGUCGAUCAUUGUACCCCUGCAACCCCCUUCCCCUUGUUUGUCUGUUUUGUUUUGGGGUUUGUUUUUUUUUUUGCUUUUGUUGUUUUGUUUGUUUUUUAAUAUAUUUUUGAUAUACAUGUAUGUAGAGCCUUUUCCCCUUUUCCUAUUGGUUUUAUAUCAUUUAUACCCUUGAAUACAAUUAUAUUAGUAUAAUUUAAUAGCUCUAUGACAAGUGUUCAUUACAAGUUAUGUUCAAAAUAAACAAUUUAAGAAUGUUAUGAAUAUUUCAAGUCUUUUUGAAAGUGAUGAACUAUAAGUGUAUUCUUUUACAUGAGAUUUGCUGAGGGCAUUAGAAAUAAAGAAUCAUUCUUUGGAUUUUAUGAGGUGAUCAAACAUGGUCUGCAUGCGUGAUCAAAUCCAAUAAAGCCCGAAGGGUUUUAUAAGAUAUUUGAUCGCACCCGACCGUAUUUGAUCACCUUAUGUAUACAUGUAUUCAAAGAAUGAUUGCUUAUUACUUAUAUUUAUAUAAUUUUCAGCAAUUAUACGAUUAAAUAUUUAAAAACUCAUUAAUGAAAUGUAUUGGGCUAUGCAUUACAAAAUCGAUUCGUAGUAUUAUCACAGACAAAGACCAUGGGAAAUGCAAUUAUACUGUAGAAGUACAUUUGUCCGCGUGGUAUUUAUUUACGCUAUGAACGCGGGCACACAUUUUCCGCGGAAUUUUUUCCCAGUGUACUUAAAGUGCAUUUUUGAAUUGCAUUACAUGAAUAGAAGAAGAAUAAGGAUACUAGUAAUCGGAAGUUACUACAUUAUAGAACACUUGCAUAUAUGUGUACCCAAUGUAUAUAGUUUUUAUCUAUGCAAACUGUCAAACAAAUUUGUAAUGAGAAUUCACAUAUUAAAUAAUUUAAUCUCCUAAA